ACCACUUCGAGACCAAAGUUAAACACCUUAUCUGUGCUGCUUAUCGAGUUUUUAUCGAACUGUUUUGAAAACACGGGUAUUGACGCGUGAUCUCGUGAACACUAUUUAUCCGUCGAUUUGUUGCAGAAUUUCCUGUUGAAUACACUCGUGCAGGCUAGCUAUACCCAUCGCGUUUCACUGCUGUCACAUGCACAGCGAUCCGGGCAGUGGAAGCGCAACGCAGACCUUUCCACUCGUCAGUCUCCUCAGACUGCCUGCAUUGUGGCACCGUUCCGUGUGAGCAGAGAGCGGCUUGGGCAAAGAGCUCCGUCCAGAUCACAAUCCGCGUUUCAGAGCCCUCAUAGAAGGACAUCGCAUGAGUAGAAACACAGCAGUCAUCGAUAAUCAGAAGAAACUCAGGACCAGAACCGCCACGGCUCAUCAGACAGUACCACUGCGCAGUUUCUAGUGUUCAGAUCCUGUGUUUUUUAGUUUUUUUUUUUUACCUCUAAGCCUGCCUGUGUGAGCAGGUAUAGGGUAUCCACAGCGUGGACUGACUGUGUAAAAAGUUGUGUGCGCAGCGCAUUCUGGAGAGGGAUGAGUGUGUCCAAUGAUUCGGAAGGAAGUCCAAAUCGGACGACAAUCGAUGAAAACAACAGCGUGGUCCCUAGCGCCGUGCUGUUCGCCCUGGGGGUAGUGGGCAACCUCAUCGCCCUGUGCAUCUUAUACCGGCACAAGCACAAUAGCAACCGCGUCUCCGUCUUCUACGUGCUAGUCACCGGCUUGGUCUGGACCGACUUGCUGGGGAAGCUGGUGAUCAGCCCCAUGGUCCUGGCCUGUUACAUUACAAGGCAGCGCUUGGCACACGGCAUGCAGUGCAACGCGUUCGGUGCGCUCAUGGUUUUUUUCGGCUUGUGCUCAAUGUUCAUCCUGCUUGCAAUGGCUGUGGAGUGCUGGCUCUCUAUCGGGCACCCAUAUUUUUACCAGCGGCAUGUGAACCGCAGGAAGGUGCUUCUGAUGUUCCCGUUCAUCUAUCUGUUUAGUCUGCUGUUCUGCGCCUUGCCGCUGAUCCUCGGGGAUGAGUUCGGCAAGUACAAGACGUAUUCCCCGCACACCUGGUGCUACAUCGCCAUGAAGCGGCCGCAUCACAUGUACUCGGUGCUGUUCGGAUCUCUGACGGGCAUGCUGAUACUCUUGAUCGUAGCGUUCAACCUCUCGGUGAUGAUCAGCCUCCUGAAGAUGUAUAAACUGUCCCGCAAACAGAAAAUACGGUGCGCGUCUUUCGAGGGAGCCGAGAACCAGCGAGCCCGGGCUCCGCACAACGGCCACGCCGAGGAGAUCGACCACCUGGUCCUGCUGGCGCUCAUCACCGUCAUCUUUAUAAUCUGCUCAGUCCCAGUCACUGUGCGCACAUACAUUGGAGCCUCCCAAGUAAGCGAUAACGAUGAAGCCAAGGACCUGUUGGCGCUGCGGUUCCUCUCGGUGAACUCCAUCGUGGAUCCCUGGGUCUUCAUCAUCUUCCGCACCUCUCUCUUCCGGACGAUGGCUCACAAGCUGUACGACAAGCUGUGCCACACCAGGGCCCGGCACAGUGUGCAGCAGGGAACUCCUGACAAGCCAGCACAGCAGCAGGACCUGGCUGCCUAGCCCAGCGUGUGGGAAACGCAGAGGGUUCAUUGAAAUCCGUAACUGGGAACGAAGGCUGUGGUUUUCAAUGGCGUCCCGACAGGACAUUGUGACGUCACGGCUCGCUCGUUUAGUCCAUUGCAGGACCUUCAGGGUAAUGGUCAUGCCUCCCACACCAGUGUCACCUUCUUCGUGACGAGUGACUCGAAUGUGGGUCACAGUGUUGUUCUUGUUCUAGAGCUGGCGUCUCGCUGUUUCAUCUGUGGAACAACUCGGAGAGCAGCUGAGCGAGGCUGUAGACAGUGAAGACACAGACACAGCACUACUGUAUUAGACUUUGAGGCUUGAUCAUUAUGAAUCUCUUUUAAUGGCUGAAGUUCAAUCAAAAACCUCGAUAACAUGGCUGUCAUUGUUAGAUAACAUGUCUGUAUUGGGCUGCUUCAGUACAACAAGGCUAACACUGAACUUAGAAUUUAGAUUCAGAACACUAAUGCCUCCAUUCUGAAGGCAAAUUUCAGAGAGGUACUGUAAGUAUAUAAGGGUACCUACUUUUGUAAGAAAACAUGGGUGCACGUUUGUGAAGUGUUUCCUCUGGUCUUUAAGCUGUAACACUUUAUAACCCAUUUGCCUCCGUUACUCAUUUAUUAAUUCAGUGCAUGUCAGCUAACAACCAGCAGAUCUGCAAUAAGGGUUUAUUAAGACUGAUAUUGGCAGUUUCCAGCUCCAGCAGAUAUCUGACAUAACCUGCGUAAAACAUGUGCUAUUAAGUUCUGGAAUAAUACUGAUGUUGUGAACUUCAAUAAAUGGGUAAUAGAGGCAGAUGAAAUCCUUGGUGAUAGCAGAUACUGACAUCACGACCCCUGCAGGAGACUCUUUCCAUGAGCUGACAAGGGGAUCGUCCACUGACGAGCAAUGAGCGCCACUAAAACCCCACACCUGACAGGAGAAAGCACUAGGGAAGCAAUUGGAAGCCUUGAACUUAAAAUAGAUUUGUAGCACAUUUCAAGUGCAAACCCAGCACUUUAUCUAAGCACUGAGCUCCUGAAACCCACUGCGGUAGCUUCCACUCCAGACACUGAGGCAGUACUACAAGCCAUGUUAAAAGCAGUGUGCCGAUCAAGAGAGACAACGUGCCACGCAACCCAUUCCAAACAUGCACAAUUGCUCUCUUAUAGCUAGGUCACGAUAGCUUGCCAGCACAUAAACACAAAUGAAUUUCACAGUGCACUGUUUCCUGUACAGUCGUUUCCUGUGCCAGCACUCCUGGUAGACACACCACUGACCCUGUAGAUAUGAAUAGAGGAACGUUAAGGAUACAUUAGUGGAUUUUAGAUAUGUAUUGUAUUGUAUUGUAUUGUAUUGUAUUGUAUUAAAAAAGACUAUUGGACCAGAUUCACAACAGGCAGUUUCGCCAGUGCAAAAACGAAAUGUUAAUGAUCCUUCAGGGGCUGCUUGCUGCUUUCCUGUAUCAUUUUAACUAGUAGGUUUUCAGUUUAAAAAUAAUCUGGCGCAAGCUUAAAAUGCUUUGUGAAUCUGGCCCCCUUCGGUGUAAAAUAAUGACUCUGCUUGUGAAACGUUUAAGUAUUGGAGGUAUGAUGCAGAUGCAUCUCCUCUCAUGUCAGUAUGUGUUGCAUUAAUAACACUGUUAGUACUGUCUGUAUGUCAAUGGUGUGGGCAGCAGUGUGGAGUAGUGGUUAGGGCUCUGGACUCUUGACCGGAGGGUCGUGGGUUCAAUCCCAGGCGGGGGACGCUGCUGCUGUACCCUUGAGCAAGGUACUGUACCUAGAUUGCUCCCGUAAAAACCCAACUGUAUAAAUGGGUAAUUGUAUGUAAAAUUAAUAUAAUUGUAUGUAAAAAUAAUGUGAUAUCUUGUAACAAUUGUAAGUCGCCCUGGAUAAGGGCGUCUGCUAAGAAAUUAACAAUAAUAUUUGCAUGCAAGUGUAAAGAGCAAGGUGAGCCAGGAUAGUCAGUGGCAUUGCUGAAGUACAGCCUACAUGGUAUGUAUGUAAAUGUGGUUAGCUGUGGUGCAUGAUGUGACUUUAUUGAGUGUCCUCAGUGUAUAUAUAUAAUAAUUGUAAGCCUAAUGUGUCUGAGAAAUGUUGUUUUCACGUGCUUGUUGUUGUUUAUUGUACCUGAUGUACAAUGUGAUGUUUACCACAGAACAGCUGGAGAUGUACAGUAAAGGCCUAUUCUAUUCAAA